CUAUUCUCUUGUUUUGACUGGGAACUGUGGUCAAAGUAAUGGCGGAUUCUGGCAACGAAUCACUCACCCUAGAGUCUCUGGAAUGCGAGCCUGAGCCCGAUACGGUCGCAGCCGACAUUGCAAGCGCCGACCCUUUCACCCCAAUCACAUCCUUGGGAUCCACAAAAAGCUCAACGAAGGCGCCGCCUGCCAAACGAGCAAGGACAACCGCUUCUGGUUCGAAGGUCAAGAAUGCUCAGAAGAAAACCACUGGGCUUUCAAAAAAGAAGAAAGGCCGUCUAAAUAUCCUCCCUACCCUACCUUUGGAUCUUCUCUUUGAGAUAUUUGGCCAUCUCACUCCUGCUGAUCUGGUGCUCCUAUCCCGUGUCUCAAAGUCCUUCUACAAAGUCCUUUCCAGCAGAAGUUCACUUUCUCUCUGGAAGAGAACCUGGCGUUAUGUUCCUGGUGGCCCGCCACCUCCGCGCCCUGAGGGCUGGUCAGAACUGGCCUACGCCAGGCUUCUCCUCGGAGGGAAUUUCUGCCACGUAUGUGGUGGUCGGAGCACCAAUGAAAUUGACUUCGUGCAUCUGCGCAGAGCAUGUCAUUCCUGUCUUCGCAAGACCCUGGUCGCCGUCAAUAAAAUCAAGGACAUCGCACCAUCUUUAGAGCUAAAUUGGCUUUCCUGCCUGCCCAGUGCUUGCGUAAACCCGAGAGAUCGCAAAGGGAGGUCGUAUCAAGGACGUUUCCUGCGCGAGGAUGACGUCUUGAGUCUCCAAGCCCAGAUAAAAGACGUGCUUGCAGUAGCUGGGCCGCAAGAACGACGAGAGCAACUGAUGUCCAUCUUGGAAGAUAGGAAUAUCAUUUCGGCGGCAUUGCGAAGGGCCGCACCAAUCUACGAGCAAUGGUUAAAGGACCACAAAAUGGCCUGGGAAAAAGAACGAGAGGACCGGGCCAACUUGCGCCGCAAAGAGUUUGAGCAACGAUGCAUAAAGCUGGGGUAUACUGCGCAAGACAUACCCAGAUACUACGACACUACAUACAAGAAUCAAUUGUUGUCUGAUAGAGGUUUUGAUGACAUCUUCAAUCGGUCACUCAAAGGUAGACUGGAAGGCGCCAAAUCUUCUAGACUUAAAAGAGAGCGUGCCGAGCGCGAGGCCCCUCGUCUUUCAAUCGUUUACGCUUUGUACGCGGAGUAUUGGCUACAGCUGCAGAUCCCUCCACGUAACCUGGAAAUGUGCCCCAAAGAAUAUGAGUUUGUUCAGUUCACACAAAUUGCGCCUUUAAUUUCCGAAGACCUAGCACCGGACGACGAGUUCAGGCGUCGAGUGAGAGAUGCUAUUACGGAGUCACGGGAGGAAAUCGAAGCUUGGGUAGUGCGUCUCAAGACCAUCGCUCUCUCUUCACUUCAUCCCGUCCCCUCUCCAUGCGAUACAUUCCACCUACCAAGGGAGCUCGAGCUCGCCAAGAAUGUCUUCAGUAAACAACUCUCCUUUGGUCACAAACGUUCCUACUACGGUAUCGAGGUCUUUUCCGCUCGUUGGUCCUGUUCCCACGCUCUGGACCUGGAGCGUCUCGAGGUCCCGACUUUUGACCUGCAAGCCCAGGCUGUGAUUCUCAAGAUCCUUGCCGAGCUCGGUUUGGAUCCAAACACCACAACGACGACGGAUCUCAAUCGACUUGACACAAUGUUCAUUUGUCUCGACUGCCCAUGUACCGUGGGGGUUCAGAAUGGUGGCCACACGCCCAGACGGAGGGUUAGAUACUGGUGGUCUCACUUGGAUCACCUUUUAGAGAUGGAGUCUAACUGUCGUAGUUGGGGAUCUUCUGGCUCCUGGAGGAUCCUCUCAGUCGAAGAGCGUUCAAAUUUCAUCAACAGGGGCUCGAACCCGAUGACAGACGACCCUUACUGGGGCUGCUCGCACUGCACUAUCCACUAUUCAGAUGUCCGGAGUUCGUUGGGUGCUAGGCCAUGGAUGAAAUAUGAGCCAGUCGUUGCGCAUGUUCGAGAUAAACACGGUGUGAAGGAUCCUUUGCCGGAUGUCGAUCUGUACUAUGAUCCGCGUGAGCGUUUCUGUGCUGCUUCGGAGUUAUGCCUCGAGAUACUGGUAUGAUCUGCCACUAUAUUCUAUCCUCAACCUUCAGGUUCCUUUGGCUUGUGCUGUGUCACUCUUGUACUACAAAAUUAUCUAUGUUUGAGCUGCUGAUUGGUGGCGCC